UGAAAUGUUAUGUCGUAAUAUUAACGCAAGUAACUUUAAAAAAAUGUUGGUUCAUAAAAUAACAACAUUCAAAUUGUGUAGACUUUGCGGCAAAAAAAAACAACAAGGUACUGAUUUAUUUGAAGAUAAAAUAAAAGGUUCAGUACUUAUAUCAAUAAUCAAUAAAUACUUUGCAAAAGAGAUUAUUAGCAUUUCUAUAUCUGAUAAUUUAUCGAAAUAUGUAUGCAAUAUAUGUGAACAAACAAUCUGUAUGUUUGAUGAAUUUUGUUUAAUGGUAGCAAAUGUUCAAAAACAAUUAUCUGCACCAUCAUUAGAAAUUAACUUUACAGAGAAUAUGUUAUGUCAUUUAAAAGAAACUGAUAUACCUGAGACAUCAAAUGAACAAGUAAUUUCAUUCCAAAAAAAAAAACAGACUUGUUAUAUUUGUGCAAAAAGUUUUAGAUGUUUAGCUCAUUUAAAUAGACAUAAAUUAAUUCAUACAGGACAACGCCCAUAUGCUUGUAACAUUUGUAACAUGUCUUUUAAUCAGCAAGAAGUUAUGACAAAACACAAACAAAUUCAUGAUAAUAAAAAACUAUUUCAAUGUGCCAACUGUCACCAAGCAUUUCGAUAUAGAAUUUCUUUAAAAUCACAUAUGUUAAACUUACAUGCAACAAAUAAUCAAACUACUAUUGGUAGUCAAGAUAUCUGUACACAAGAUCAAGCUUUGCAAUGUACAGAGUGUGGAAAACAAUUUGUAACAAAGUACAAAUUACAAAGGCAUAUGAGAUGUCAUACAGGUGAAAAACCAUAUAGAUGUAAUUAUUGCGAACGUUGUUUUUCACAAACUGGCAAUCUGAAACUACAUCAAAUCAAAUACCAUCAGAUUAAAUAUCCCAUUCCAGAAACUGAAAAGCUUCUUCAACAUACAGUAAAUCGAGCAGUAGAACGUGAUGUUACUAUUUCAAUGAAUACAUUUUCACCAAUUUUUCUCACUGAAACUGAAAUACAAAAUACUAUAAACGAAACGAUUAAUUCUACAAAUCCAAGCUCUUCUUAUUUAAGUAAAUCAUAUGAAACCCCAUUAUAUAUCGAUGAAGAAAUUGAAACGAUGUUAGAUCAAGAUCUGAACCAGGUACAAUACCAAAAGUAUGCAACAUCAACACAAGAAAAAUUUUCGUUCUGCGUAAAGCAACCAGAAACUCCAGAAUUACUACAUAGUCUACUAUAUGAUGAAUGAUAUUAGUCUAUUAAUUUUGUAAAUAAUAAGACAGUUAAUUUUGUA